CGGUAAGGCAGCUUGUGUGUGCUUGGCGGAGCAAGAAGCAGCAGCUGGUGCACCUGAUCUAUCCAUCGAGGGGGUCAUCUGAUCUGCGCAUGGCCAUCGUGCUGGCGAGGCGGUGAUUUUUCAUCAUCAUCGGUGAGUGGCGCCUCUGUCUGUCGAUCUGCCAGCCAAGCCAGCCUUUAUUGAUUGACAAGAGCAACAAACAGCAUGGCCAUCCCCUCUGUCGUCAUCGCCUCGGCGCUCCUCCUCGGAGUAGCAGCGCUGGGAGCCAAUCUGCACUCACGACGACCUGAGCUUCCCCCUGUGCACACGGCUGGCUUCGUCCCCGCCUCCCCCCUGUCACUGCACUCAGCGGCCGGCGGCCGACCUUCGCGGCUACGGUCGCGACACGGCGGCGUGUUGGUGCCACUGGAGAUGUCGAUGGCUACGCUUGAGAGGAAGACCAAGAAGCCAAAGAUCCAGGUGAGUGAGGGGUGGAGAAAGGGCAUCACAGCCAUGCCAUGGAGGGGUGCAGAUGGAGAGAGCUCAUGACACACAUGCAUGUGGUGUCUGCUUGCGUGUUGAUUCAUUGAUUCAUUGGUUGUCAGUUGGGCAACAAGGGCGAGAGCGGCAUGUUCACCGACAGCUCCCCCGAGAGCCGCCGCGUGAUCCCCCCCAGCCAGGACACCCGCGCCAAGUUCAAGGUGGUCUAUGUGGUCCUCGAGUCUCAGUAUCAGGCCGCCCUCACACAGGCGUGCAACAUGAUCAACCAGCAGCAGGAGGGCGUCUCUGUCGAGUGUGUCGGCUACCUCCUCGAGGAGCUGCGCGACCCUGCCAACGUCGAGAAGUUCCGGCAGGACGUCGCGACGGCCAAUGUAUUCCUCGGCUCGCUGAUCUUCGUCCAGGAGCUUGCUGAGAAGGUGGUGGAGGUGGUGUCGCCUCUGCGCGAGAACCUGGAUGCCGCUGUGGUGUUCCCCUCGCUGCCUGAGGUGAUGCGGCUGCAGAAGCUGGGGAGCUUCUCGAUGGCCAGCAUGGGGCAGAAGAAGUCGAUUAUCGGGGACUUCAUGAAGAAGCAGCGGAUGCAGCAGGGGGCCAAGUUCGAGGAAGACAUGCUCAAACUCGUCCGCACCCUGCCCGAGGUGAGAUGACUGACACGACCAGACAAGACAAGACACAGAGGGGGGCUGAUGUGAUGCACUCGAUGGAUGCACUCAUGUGUUCGUGUGUGUGUGUGUGUGUGGUCAGAUUCUCAAGUACCUUCCGAGCGACAAGGCCAAGGACGCCCGGUCCUUCAUGAUGUCCUUCCAGUACUGGCUGGGCGGCUCUCCGGAGAACCUGUCAUCGAUGUUGCUCAUGCUGGCUGACACCUACUGCAAGGUGAGAGAGACGAGACAGAUGGGGAGGGAGGGAGGGAGGGAGGCACCGAGAGGGGAAGAAUUGCCGACGGGCACUGUGCUGUCUGUGCGGCGAUGUGUGUGUCAGGGCAUCAAGGGUGAGAACCUUGUCAACAAGGCCGACAUCGUGGCCCCCAUCCUGCUGCCCGACAAGGUACACACGUACACACACCGCAUGACAAAGCCCGCAUGAGCCACAUUCAUUGUGAUUGGUAUUCCCCUGCCCUCGCCUCCCCCUGUGUGUUGCUCAGGGCAUCUGGCACCCAGUGGCUGACCAGAUCUUCGACCGCCCCUCAGCCUACUUCGAGUGGUACGACAAGGUGCACUGCCCGGCGGCCGGCAUCGACGUCGAGACGGCCCCCACCAUCGGCAUCCUGGUCCAGAAGUCGCACAUCAACACGCGCGACGAGUGCCACUACACGGCCCUCAUCGCCGACCUCGAGGCCCGCGGUGCGCGUGUGGUGACCAUCUACUCGGGAGGCCUGGAUUUUUCCGGUCCAUUGGAGGAGUUUUUCUACCUCAAUGGCUACCCCUCGGUCGACGCCGUCAUCAACCUCACUGGGUACGUCAAUCAAUCAGCCUACCAGACAGACACACAUACCAGCCACACUGGUGCCCGUGAAUGGAUGCCUGUGUGUGUGUGUGUCACAUGAUGUAUGUGUGUGCAGCUUCGCGCUGGUGGGCGGCCCUGCGAGUCAGAACCAUGAGAAGGCCGUCAAGGUGCUCAAGAAGCUGAACCGGCCGUACCUGUGCGCCCUACCGCUGGUCUUCCAAACCUUUGAGGAGUGGAAGAAGUCCGAGUUGGGCCUCCACCCAGUGCAGGUCGCCCUGCAGGUGUCCUUGCCCGAGAUCGACGGCGCCAUUGAGCCCGUCAUCUUCGCGGGCCGGGAGGGGCUCACGGGCAGGAACGUGCCCAUGAGUGACCGCAUCGACCUCCUGGCCGAGCGGCUGCUCAAGUGGGCCACGCUUAGGAGGAAGGAGAAUAAAGACAAGAAGGUAGGUGAGGGAGGAUGGGAGGGAGGGAGAGAGGGAGGGAGGGGUGACAGGUCUGCUCAUCCAUCCAUUUGCAUGGCUGCUGGUGCGUCUCUGUGCUGUGCCUGUGUCAGCUUGCUGUCACGGUGUUCUCGUUUCCCCCCGACAAGGGCAACGUCGGCACGGCUGCCUACCUCGACGUCUUUGGAUCCAUCCAGUACGGCACGGCACCACACAACAGACACGCCCCACGCGACACCCUCUCACACAUUGAUUACGACCCUUGUCAAUCAAUCUCUCUCCUGUGCUGUGUUAUCGUCCCUCAGAGAGAUGCUGGGUAAUCUCAAGAAAGACGGGUACGACAUGGGCGAGAUCCCCGAGAGCCCUGAGGCCCUCAUGGAUGCCGUCCUCCACGACAAGGAGGCCAAGUACGACUCGCCAUCGCUCAAUGUCGCCUACCGCAUGCCCGUCGACGAGUACGAGAAGCUCACCCCGUACCACAGAGACCUCGAGGAGGCCUGGGGCAAGGCACCUGGUCAGCCAGCCAUACGGAUGGCACAGGGGAAACAGGACAUCGAGUGUGACUUUUGGUCUCUGUCUCUGUGUGUCUGUGUGUGUGCUUGUUGGUUCUUGUGUCUGUCCAACGAACAAACAGGCAAUCUGAACUCUGACGGGCAGAACAUGUUGGUGUUCGGCAAGCAGUUCGGUAAUGUCUUCAUCGGCGUGCAGCCGACCUUCGGCUACGAGGGCGAUCCGAUGCGUCUGCUCUUCUCCAAGAGCGCCUCGCCCCACCAUGGCUUCGCCGCCUACUACACCUACCUUGAGAAGAUCUUUAAGGCCGAUGCCGUCCUCCACUUCGGCACACAUGGGUCGCUCGAGUUCAUGCCCGGCAAACAGGUAAACUUGCCGGGCAUUCAGCUGUCUGUGCACUCGAGUGAUAAUGGCGUUUUGUGUCUGUCUGUUGUUCCGUGUUCCGUCAGGUGGGAAUGUCCGGGACGUGCUACCCCGACCGUCUGAUCAACUCCAUCCCCAACCUCUACUACUACGCAGCUAACAACCCCUCAGAGGCCACCAUCGCCAAACGCCGCUCCUACUCAGCCACCAUCUCAUACCUCACACCACCAGCAGAGAACGCCGGCCUCUACAAGGGCCUCAAGGAGCUCUCCGAGCUGGUCAAGUCCUACCAGGGUCUCAGGGAGAACGAGUCUCGCGGGCCGUCCAUCGUCAACUCCAUUGUCGCAUCCGCACGGCAGUGCAACCUCGACAAGGACAUCAAGGACCUGCCGGCAGAUGACUUCGACACAAAGGAGCUGUCCAUCGACGGGCGCGACGCUCUGGUGGGCAAGGUGUACCGGAAGCUGAUGGAGAUCGAGUCACGGCUGCUGCCCUGCGGACUGCAUCGCAUCGGCGUCCCGCCGACUGCCGCAGAGGCCGUCGCCACUCUGGUGCAGAUCGCCACCAUCGACCGGCCCGAUGACGGCAUCAAGUCGCUGCCCCGCAUCAUUGCUGAGAGCGUCGGCCGCGACAUCGAUGAGAUCUAUGCCAAUGCUGACAAGGGUGUGCUCGAUGAUGUGGACCUGCUCUACAGGAUCACUGAGGCAACCAGGUGAGAAUGAAUGAAUGCGACACAACACACACUCAAUGAGGGGCGAGGUGACUGCACCAAUCCACGUCUCUCCCUCUCUGUGUGUGCGCGCGUGCAGGGCCGCUGUUGGUGCUGGUGUUGCGCAGUCGACCGACUCAGAGGGUCGUGUGAAGGAGGUGAAGCCGGUGUUCGAGCAGGGGAUGACCCUUCUGCAGGGCAUGAUGGGCCAGGCGUCUCCAUGGAAGAAGGCUCUCGCGGAUAGUGGAUUCCCCAACGCAAAAGAGGUCAGGAAUGGCACAAUUCACUCACGGCACGGCACGCGUGCAUUUGGACGCUACACGCACCCCCUCCCUCUGUGUGUGUGUGGAUCCAUCCCAUCAGGAGUCGCUUUCGCCCCUGUUCGAGUACCUAGAGUUCUGCCUCAAGCAGGUGGUGGCCGACAACGAGAUGGGCGGCCUCCUGCAGGGCCUCAACGGCGAGUACAUCCUCCCCGGCCCCGGCGGCGACCCCAUCCGCAACCCAGGCGUCCUCCCAACCGGCAAAAACAUGCACUCCCUCGACCCCCAGGCCAUCCCCACCAAGCCGGCUGUCGACGUGGCCUUCAAGGUCGUCGACAGGCUGCUGGAGCGGACCAAGGCCGACACGGGCGACUACCCCCAGUCUGUGGCCUUCACCUUGUGGGGCACCGACAACAUCAAGACGUACGGCGAGUCGCUCGCCCAGGUGAUGGCCCUGGUGGGUGUGCGGCCGGUGCCUGAUGCCAUCGGACGCGUCAACAAGCUGGAGCUCAUCCCUCUCGAGGAGCUCGGCAGGCCACGAGUCGACGUCGUGGUGAGUGAGUGAGUGAGAGAAGGAAGGAAGUUGGUUGUCUGGACGGACGGAAUCAGGCAGCUCAACGUGUCUGGGUCUUGGGUCUUGGUGUCCGUGUGGUGUCAGGUGACGUGCUCGGGCAUCUUCCGUGAUCUGUUUAUCAACCAGAUGGCCCUCCUCGACCGGGCCGUCAAGAUGGCCGCCGAGGCGGACGAGCCCACCGAGAUGAACUUCGUCAGAGCACACGCGCUCCAGUCGGCCAAGGAGCUCGGCCUCUCCGUCCGCGACGCCGCGACCCGGGUCUUCUCGAACGCCGCCGGGUCUUACUCGGCCAAUGUUGGUCUGACGAUUGAGAACGGCGGCUGGGACAGUGAGCAGCAGCUGCAGGAGCAGUUCCUGUCGCGCAAGAGCUUUGCGUUCAAUGCGGACAAGCCUGGCGAGAUGUCGCACCAGACGGACCUCUUCAAGGCCAGCCUCAAGACGGUCGACCUCACCUUCCAGGUGGGUCUGGUGGGUGGGUGGGUGCGUGGGCAGUGGAUGGAUGGAUGGAUGUGGUGUCUUCCUUCCUCCUAUCUGUCUGUUUGUGUCAGAACUUGGACAGUUCAGAGAUCUCCCUCACUGACGUGUCCCACUACUACGACUCCGACCCUACUAAGGUGGUGCAGGGCCUCCGGGACGACGGACGCAAACCGACCUCAUUCGUCGCUGACACCACCACAGCCACCGCACAGGUAUAUACGCACACACGCACCCCCACACACACACGCGCAACAUGCAACAUGCUGCCUGCGACCAUCGAUGGUGUCUGUCGGCGGGGUGGUUGGUCGUGUGUGUCAGGUGAGGACGUUGUCCGAGACGGUUCGUCUGGACGCGCGCACGAAGCUGCUGAACCCCAAGUUCUACGAGGGCAUGAUGAAGACAGGCUACGAGGGCGUGCGGGAGAUCACCAAGAGGCUCAGGAACACUAUGGGCUGGUCAGCCACCUCGGGAGAGGUACGUCAGACCGACAUUGCCAAACCACACCAUGCCACACCACACCACACACAGAGAGAGAGACGGAAGCCGGCAUUGAUCAUCCGUGUUGCUGUUGGUGUGUGUGGUUGGGUUAUCAUCAUGUAUGUCAGGUUGACAACUUUGUGUACGAGGACGCCAACGAUGUGUUCAUCAAGGACGAGGCGAUGCGGCAGCGGCUGCUGGAGACCAACCCCAACUCAUUCAGGGACAUGGUCACCACCUUCCUGGAGGCCAACGGACGGGGCUACUGGGACACUUCAGAGGAAAACAUCAAACUGCUGCAGGAGCUCUACCAGGACGUCGAGGACAAGAUCGAGGGCGUCAAGCCAUGAUCUGCUCGCUCUGUCUCUUGUCUUGGUGUCGUGUGUGGUGAGGUGUUUUCCUUCCUUCGUGAGAGAUAUGAUAUGGACGUGUGCCGUUUUCCCUUCCCGUGGGCUGAGCAAGUUUUCCGCAGCUGCUGCCUGGCCUGAUGUGAUGGGGUGUGCAUGUGGGCUGGCUGGUAGGUAUUUUUGUCGCCGAUGGGUCGGUCGAUAUGAUGGGGGGUGGCGUACGUGACGUGGAUGUCCUGCUGAAGGACACACGUGUGCUGAGAUGAGGUGAGAUGAGAUGAGAUGAGGUGAGAGGCCCUGUGCGUCCUGUGCAUAAGUAGGUGCGAGCGAGCGAGCGAGGCGAGAAAAGGAGAGACGACCGGUUAGGUAGAUGGUUGUGUUGUGGGCGAAUUGCCGCGAGCCCAGCCCACUGACUGCCCACCCCACCCGCCCAUACGAUGAGCCAGCGUGCGUCGGGCGAGGAGGGAGGGUGUUUUUCCGUCGCGUGCGUGCGUGCGUGAGUUAUGACAUACGUGUGAGACAGACGAGAGCAGUGACUUGCCUUGCCUGGCUGAGGGGGAGAGGGGGAGUGAAGUGACGACUGGCCUAUUGCUUGCUGCUGAUUGGAUUGGAUUGGAUUGGAUGUGGGGAGUGUGGGGUGUUGACUGACCAUGGUGCAUUGAUUGGUGCAUUCUUGCAUGCCAUGGGAGGCGAGAGAGAUGCGUUCGCAUUCAUUCAUGCCUUCAUGUCUUCAUGUCGUCAGUCAUCCGUUUUGGAUCAGGUCGGACCUGCCUACCUACUACUGCGAUGUCUCGCAUGCCUUGCGCGAUGAUGAUUUUUGGGGCCGGGGUGUGGUGUGAGGUGUCAGAUGGAUCGAUGGGAUGGGUGGGGCCAUGUCCACCAGUGCAUACCUAGUCCGAGAAAGACAAAGGUGUACAGUCGUGUGUCAGUGAGUGAGUGAGAGAGGAGAGGAGAGGAGAGGGGCUGAAGGUCUCGUUCGUCCUGUCCAAUGAACAGAGAGGCAGACAGACAGACAGACAUGCACGCACAGCACAAAUGGGGGAUGUGGCACAUCGAUCGCAUCAGUGGUGGUAAUUGAUUGAUAUAUCUCGAUCGAGUCGUUCUAAUGCUCGUGUGUCCGUCCGUCCGUUUUUCUGUAGAACCAGUGCACUACAUACACACAGUCUGUCCUGUCCUCUUCACCCUCCUCCCUCCCCUGGCCCGUUUUCCGCGUGUGUGUGUGGAUGAGUGCCAUGCCCUGCCCAACGCCCUUUUGCCUGCUUCCAUCCAGCCGUGCACUGCACCCAGGCUCACACACCAGCCAGCCAGACAGCCGUCAGUCAACGUUCCUUCCUCCCUCUUGCUUACAAACAAGGCAGCAAGGGCCUUCGUGGCUCUUCCUACUGUCCGUCACUAUCUCUGCGAAUGCGGUCAGGAUGUGGGGUAGUGUUUUUUCUCCUCUUGUGGCAUACACGGCCGCAAGCAAGACCAGAACACCACCCUUGUUGCCCGCUCGCCCACUGGUACAGCACUUCCUUUUCUCCCGAUCCACGUGUGUGUGUGUGUGUGGAUAGUGUCUGUGAAUCCUUCGGGACGUUCAUUGAGAGAGCGAGAGGGGCGGUCACACACACACACACACGAGUCGAUAUACACUCACCCACCCACCCACCCAUUCACCCGUCGAUGAGUUUUUCCCAGCCAUGCAGCCCAGCGAGGGAGGGAGGAAGGGAAUGGGCGAGCGGACGUAGGGCGAUUGAUUAUGCAUAGUAGCGCUGAUGGAUGGAUGGAGAGAGCGAUUGACGGAGGUGUGGCCGUGUGUACAGGAUGUGAUGUGCAUGCGAUGCAUACCUGGCGAGUUGGGCAAGAGAGAGAGCGAGAGAGAAUCGGUGUGCAGACAGACAGGGAGGGCUGCACGCCUCAACCGGCCAGUGGAGACGGAAGAGCGAAUGGGUUCCAAACACUCGUUUGCUCUAGCGUUUCCUCCUGGCUGGGCUGAAGCAGACAGUCCGUCCCUUUGAGGAAGUGUGGCUACACGAUGGACGCCGAAGGGCCAGAGAGAUGACAAGACAGACAGCAAGCGGGUGCUCUGGUGUGAUGUGCAUGGUGUCUGUGCGACCUGUGCCCGAAUGCAUGCAUCGAUGGCGGCGAGCCAAGGUGACGGAAACGGUGCGGUGGGAGGAGGAAGAGAAGGGGGCGGAUGGUGGGGUGGAUGAGAAUGGAUGGAUGGAACAAACCAGGCCUCCCUCCGCAAGUGCUCGUGCGAUGUAUGUAUGGUAUGAUGGAUGCAUUUGAUGGUCGACUCACCCGAUCGAAUCGAUUGUCUGACGUACGUGUGCAACAUGCAGGUAGGUACACACAACGAUCGAGUAGUGCACACACGCCGACUUGACUUGCAGACAGACAUGCAAAUGCGUCAGGAGCAGUCAACGGAAC